AUGUUUCUCGAACGAAAGCUUGCCAAUGUGUCGGCGGCAUGUAGACGACGGCUCACUAUCGACGACGGCGAUCGCGAUCCGAACGGCGUCCCUCCAUGGCUCCUCGUGCUAUUUCGACGUGCCUCUACCAGAAGCUCGUCAACACUCACUGCUACACAGGAUCCCAAUGACUAUAAAAAUGCUCGACAUCGUCUGCAAACCACUUAG